AUGGCUGAAUUACAAGGCCGCAAGGUCUUUAAGGUCUUCAACCAGGACUUCAUCGUGAAUGAACAAUACACUGUCACCAAGGAGCUGGGUCAGGGAGCAUAUGGUAUCGUCUGUGCCGCGACCAACGCCCAGACCGGCGAGGGCGUCGCCGUCAAGAAGGUCACCAACGUGUUCAGCAAGAAGAUCCUCGCCAAGCGAGCUCUGAGAGAGAUCAAGUUGCUCCAACAUUUCCGGGGUCAUCGCAACAUUACAUGCCUCUACGAUAUGGACAUCCCCCGACCGGAUAACUUCAACGAGACAUACCUUUACGAGGAGUUGAUGGAAUGUGAUCUGGCCGCCAUCAUCCGCUCUGGACAGCCCUUGACCGACGCGCACUUCCAAUCCUUCAUCUAUCAGAUCUUGUGUGGUCUGAAGUACAUUCAUUCCGCCAACGUUCUCCACCGUGAUUUGAAACCCGGAAACCUUCUCGUCAACGCCGACUGCGAGCUUAAGAUUUGUGACUUCGGUCUGGCUCGUGGUUUCUCCAUCGACCCAGAAGAGAAUGCUGGUUACAUGACUGAGUACGUUGCCACAAGAUGGUACCGUGCUCCAGAGAUCAUGUUGAGCUUCCAGAGCUACACCAAAGCUAUUGACGUCUGGUCAGUGGGUUGUAUUCUUGCUGAGCUCCUGGGUGGACGCCCAUUCUUCAAGGGUCGCGACUAUGUCGACCAGCUGAACCAGAUCUUGCACUACUUGGGUACACCCAACGAAGAGACCCUCUCCCGCAUCGGUUCUCCUCGCGCCCAAGAAUAUGUGCGCAACCUCCCCUUCAUGCCGAAGGUUCCCUUCCAGCGUCUAUUCCCCAACGCCAAUCCUGACGCUCUGGACCUCUUGGACCGCAUGUUGGCAUUUGACCCCUCUUCCCGUAUCUCCGUUGAGGAAGCUCUCGAGCACCCUUACCUGCACAUCUGGCACGAUGCCUCCGAUGAGCCCACAUGCCCCACAACCUUUGACUUCCACUUCGAGGUCGUCGACGAUGUCCAGGAUAUGCGCAAGAUGAUCCUCGAUGAGGUCAUCCGCUUCCGCGCUACCGUCCGCCAGCAGUCCCAUCAAGCAGCUCAACAGCAGCAGAUGGCUCAACAGCAGACUAACGUCCCAAUCCCGGAUAACCAGCAAGGAGCCUGGAAGACCGAGGAACCUAGACCUCAGGAGGCUGCCGCCGGCGGUGGACACCUGAACGACCUGGAGUCAUCGCUGCAGCGUGGUAUGGAUGUGCACCACUGA